AUUAUUUAUAUCUAUAUAUACUUUAUUUUAAUUUUUAUUAUUUCAUUUAUUUUAUUAUUAAUUAAUAAAUUUAUUUCAAUAAAAAAAAAAAUAGAUUUUGAAAAAAGAUCACCAUUUGAAUGCGGAUUUAACCCAAUUACAAAAUCUAAUUUACCAUUUUCUCUCCCAUUUUAUUUAAUUACUAUAAUAUUUUUAAUUUUUGAUGUAGAAAUUAUUUUAUUUUUACCAAUAAUUUUUUAUUUAAAAUCAAUUAAUUCAAUUAUUACAUUCUUAUUAAUUUCAUUAUUUCUAAUUUUAUUAAUUAUUACCUUAAUUUUUGAAUGAAUAAAUAAUUACUUAAAUUGAAUAUACUAA